UUUCUUUUACAGGUACUUACCUUUAUUGCCGGAUUAUUGUCCAGAACUAUUAAUGCCCAAAUAACUGAAAUCAACUCUAAGGAGUUGGAAUUGAGGAACAGUGAUGCUCAGUACUUGAGCCAGUCGUGCCAACAGCCCUGUCUUCCUGGCGAACGGAAAGCUACUGAGUACACAACUGAUGGGCAUGAACCAGGCUGUGUACCCUGCCAAGAAGGGAAGGAGUACACGGACAAGGAACAUUGUUCUUCUAAGUGCAGAAGAUGUAGACUCUGUGAUGAAGAGCAUGGCUUCGAAGUGGAAAUGAACUGUACCCGGACCCAGAAUACCAAGUGCAGAUGUAAAUUAAACUUUUUUUGUAGCGUUCCUGAGUGUGAACACUGUGACCCUUGCAUCAAGUGUGAACAUGGAGUUAUUGAGAAAUGCACACCAACCAGCAACACCAAAUGCAAAAAGGAUGGAUCCAGAUCUCACCAGCUAUGGUCGCUUAGCCUCCUGCUCCUGAUUCCAAUAAUUGUUUGGAGACUGCAAAUAUACUGUAAAAAAAAGUGCUGCAAUGAAAAACAUGACCGCUCUGAAUCUACAACACAAAAUCCUGAAACAGUGCCAAUGAAUUUAUCUGAUGUUGACUUGAGUGACUAUAUCCCGAAUAUUGCUGAAAUCAUGACAAUAAGUCAAGUUAAAAAAUUUGUUCGGAAGAAUGGUGUCAAUGAAGCCAAAAUAGAUGAGAUCAAGAAUGACAAUCUCCAAGAAACAGCUGAACAAAAAGUCCAACUGCUUCGUACUUGGUAUCAACUUCAUGGGAAGAGAAAUGCCUAUAACACGUUGAUUAAAAAUCUCGAAAAAGCCAAACUUUGUGGUACUGCAGAGAAGAUUCAGGAUAUGGUCUCAAAAGACAUUACUAAUAACCAGAAAAAUGAAAAUGAAAGCCACCCCUUGUUCUAGAGUGAAGAACAACUGAGUUCUGAGUAUGUGCAAUUAAUAUUUGAAAAGGUCUUAAUAGCUGAAGACUGUAAAUACUGCUUGGUUUUUCACUGGGUGUAUUUUCUUUUUUCAUUUAUUAGAUUUUCAGAGCCAGUAUAUUUACAGAUUUUUAAUAUGUCAUGAUUCUGCCUUCAAUAAUGUUUAAAAUCUAAUUGGGAAGAUAGACAUGGUCAAGAGUAAAUGUCAUGGCAUGUUAAGUACACAAAUAGGAAUGUAUACAAAGGAUUAGGAUCAUGCUGUAAUAUGUGACAUAUGUUUUUGUAGAUAUGAAUGUGAUUAGUAUGUGUUAGUACAACUGUAUAUCCUUAGGCUUACCCCAUUCCAUGAAUUAAUAUAAGCUAUGCCAGUUUGUUGAAAUAUCAGUCACUGGAUAGGCUAUUUUUCCUCUAAGUUACCUCCACAACUUCAUAAUAACUGUAGAGAUUUUACCGUAUUUCUAAACUUUGUUUACAACUCUGAGAGGUGCAUAUUCAGAUAAAGCAUAUAUAUUUGAAUGUAGAAUUUAGUAAGGUUCUACUUCAAAGGUCAUUUGCACAGAUUACUGGAAUUUUAUUGUGCACUAUUUCAAUUUUGAGUUUACAUGGAAAACAGAUUAAAUUAUAAUACUUGAAUAUA